CUUACGGAUGGGAAUAAAAGCCGCACUUCUGUGGCCACGUUCGUCCUGCCGGGACUCUCAGACUGGAGGGAGCUGCAGCUCACCCUCUUCCCUGUCUUCCUGGGGGUCUACCUUGUCACUCUGGCCUGGAACCUGGGCCUCAUCAUCCUCAUCAGGACGGGCGACCACCUGCGUACACCUAUGUACUUUUUCCUUAGCUUCCUGUCAUCCAUAGACAUCUGCUAUUCUUCUUCUCUCAGCCCCAGGAUGCUUUCAGAUUUCUUCAGAGGUGAGAAAACGAUCUCCCUCCUUGUGUGUGCCACUCAGUACUUCGUCCUGGCCUGGAUGGGCAUGUCCGAGGGCUGCCUCUCGGCUGCCAUGGCCUAUGACAGAUACGUGGCCAUUGGGAGGCCCCUGCAGUACUCAGCCAUCGUGGCGCCACGCCUCUGUCAGAAGAUGGUCGCUGGGGUCUCUGGGACUGGUUUCCUUAGCAGCUUAGCUCAAACAGUGCCUUGCUUUCAUCUCUACUAUUGUCGGCUGAAUACCAUUCAAUAUUUCUUCUGUGAUAUACCGCAGAUUAUUAUUUUGUCUUGCUCCCACCCUUACAUCAGCCAGCUGAUUGUCUUUCUGUCAGCUAUUUUCAUUGGUUUGGCUCUUUCCUUGGUCCAGGCUGGUAUCGUUACCCCUGGAAGGAAGGCAGAUCUGAGAAUACUGAAGAGACCAUUUGUAGGUUGCAAGCAUAGCCAGGUAGAGAGCAGUGCGAAUCUGGCCCCUUUGCUCCCUGCAGUCGUUGCUCAGCUGCCUGUGCGAGAUGUGUCUCUGGCAGUGUCACUGGCUUUGAACACAGCUCUAAAAGGCCAGUUUCUGUGA